AUGGAUGAGGAGGGUAGGGUUUCAGCUAAUCCAGAGCCACACAGUCAGGAUGGCUGCUUUGAUUCUUGUUUCUUUGGUGGAAUAGAUCAGAUUCUUACCAAUAUUAAAAAUGGUGCUAAUUUGUCAGAGGUAUCUCGCUGUAGUCUGGAUGAAGUUGAUAAUUUUUGCCUCCAGCAUCAACACUCAGUUUCUAGGUCUGAAAUUACUAAUUAUAAUGGCAAGAAACUUCCUUGUGAUAGCAACGAAUUCAAGUGCAAUGGAAAUGAAAAUGUCAAGAGACCUCGUGAAUUUCAUGAAUCCGAGGAAAGAUUGGGCAGAAGGGCUCGAAUCAGUGACAAAAAGGGUGAGAAAAGUUGGGAUACGGGUCUUGGCAGGAAGAGACCUCGCAGUUGGGAUGAUGUGGAGGUGGAAGGGCGGGACAGGGAUCAAGUGAGGAGAAGAGAGCGCUUUACUACUGUUAGCAGGAAGGACAGGGAUUGCCGGGAAGGAAGGGGUUACUGGGAGAGGGACAAGGAAACUAAUGAUUUGGUCUUCCGACAUGGUUCUUGGGAAGCUUGUCGAAACAGAGAUGAGAAAAUGCAUACUGAGAAAAGCCACAAACAUGAUGGAGGCUCAGAAGAGAAGAAACCUGAAGAGCUGAAAGAGAAAAUUCCUGAGGAGCAAGCUCGCCAGUACCAGUUGGAUGUCCUUGAACAGGCAAAAAUGAGAAACACUAUUGCUUUUCUAGAAACAGGCGCUGGGAAAACUCUUAUUGCAGUCCUCCUUAUAAAAAGUGUCUAUGUUGAGCUGCAAAAGCAGAAUAAGAAAAUGCUGGCUGUCUUUUUGGUCCCUAAAGUUCCACUUGUUUAUCAGCAAGCAGAAGUAAUCCGUGAACAAACGGGUUAUCAAGUCGGUCAUUAUUGUGGUGAAAUGGGUCAAGAUUUCUGGGAUGCCCGGAGGUGGCAGCGCGAGUUCGAAUCAAAACAGGUUUUAGUGAUGACUGCUCAAAUUCUUUUAAACAUACUUAGACACAGCAUAGUAAGAAUGGAUGCCAUCAAUCUUCUUGUAUUGGAUGAAUGUCACCAUGCUGUGAAGAAACAUCCAUAUUCUUUGGUCAUGUCUGAGUUCUAUCACACAACACCAAGGGAGAAAAGACCUUCAGUUUUUGGCAUGACUGCAUCUCCUGUUAACUUAAAGGGCGUUUCUAGCCAAGUGGAUUGUGCGGUAAAAAUUCGUAAUUUGGAAAGUAAACUAGAUUCCAUAGUUUGUACUAUAAAGGACCGUAAGGAGUUGGAGAAACAUGUACCGAUGCCCUCAGAAAUAGUGGUGGAGUAUGACAAAGCUGCUAGUUUAUGGUCCCUCCAUCAACAAAUAAAACAAUUGGAGCAGGCCGUUGAAGAGGCAGCUCGGUCAAGCUCCAGAAAAAGUAAAUGGCAAUUUAUGGGAGCAAGAGAUGCUGGUGCUAAGGAAGAGAUGCGCCAAGUUUAUGGUGUUUCUGAACGUACAGAAAGUGACGGUGCUGCAAAUUUAAUUCAAAAAUUGAGGGCUAUCAACUAUGCACUUGGUGAACUGGGACAGUGGUGUGCUUAUAAGGUUGCACAAGCAUUCUUAACUGCUUUGCAAAAUGAUGAAAGGGCUAACUACCAACUUGAUGUCAAGUUUCAAGAAUCGUACCUACAUAAAGUUGUCUCGCUCUUGCAAUGCCAUUUAUCUGAGGGAGCCAUUUCAGAAGAAACUACAAGCGUUGCCGACAUUGGUCAUGGUUCUGGGAAUGGGACUGAGGAGCUAGAGGAAGGGGAGCUUACUAACAGUCAUGUUGUCUCUGGUGGGGAGCAUGUUGAUGCGAUUAUUGGAGCUGCUGUUGCUGAUGGAAAAGUGACCCCAAAGGUGCAGUCGUUGAUUAAAAUACUUCUGAGAUAUGAGCAUAUGGAGGAUUUUCGUGCAAUAAUCUUUGUUGAACGUGUUGUGGCUGCCUUAGUUCUUCCAAAGGUUUUUGCAGAACUUCCUUCCCUAAGUUUUGUCAAGUCUGCAAGUUUGAUUGGGCAUAACAACAGUCAAGAAAUGCGAGCAUACCAGAUGCAAGAUACUAUUGCCAGAUUCCGUGAUGGCCGUGUGACUGUGCUAGUUGCCACUAGUGUUGCUGAGGAGGGUCUUGAUAUUCGACAAUGCAAUGUUGUUAUUCGCUUCGACCUUGCCAAAACUGUUUUGGCUUAUAUCCAGUCUAGAGGUCGUGCCAGAAAGCCUGGAUCGGAUUACAUCUUGAUGGUUGAGAGAGAAAAUUUGUCACACGAGGCAUUUUUGAAGAAUGCUAGAAAUAGUGAAGAAACCUUGCGGAAGGAAGCCAUCGAGAGGACUGAUAUUAGUCAUUUGAAGGACACCCCAAAUAUAAAUUCUGGAGAGGCUGCAGCUGGUACAGUGUACCAGGUGCAGUCAACUGGCGCUGUCGUGAGCUUAAAUUCUGCCGUUGGACUUAUCCACUUCUACUGCUCCCAACUGCCCAGUGACAGGUAUUCAAUUCUUCGUCCAGAGUUUAUCAUGGAGCGUCAUGACAAGCCCGGGGGCCCCACUGAAUAUUCAUGCAAGCUUCAACUUCCCUGUAAUGCACCAUUUGAGAAACUGGAAGGUCCUCCAUGCAGGUCGAUGCGUCUAGCACAACAGGCUGUUUGUUUAGCUGCUUGCAAGAAGCUCCAUGAGAUGGGAGCAUUUACCGACAUGCUAUUGCCAGACAAGGGAACAGGGGUAGACGCCGAGGAAGUUGAACAAAAUGAUGAUGGAGAUCCACUUCCAGGAACUGCUAGGCAUAGGGAGUUUUAUCCGGAAGGUGUAGCUGACAUCCUUCGGGGAGAAUGGAUUUUAUCCGCUAAAGAUGGUUGCGAGGACUCCGACUUGUCUCGUCUUUACAUGUAUGCAUUCAAAUGCGAAAACAUUGGCUUCUCAAAAGACCCCCUCUUAAAUCAAGUUUCUGAGUUUGCAGUGUUGUUUGGCUGUGAGCUGGAUGCAGAGGUAUUAUCGACGUCGAUGGAAUUAUUCAUUGCCCGAGCCGUGAUAACAAAAGCAUCCCUUGACUUUAGAGGGCCAAUAGAAAUUAGAGAGUCUCAGCUGGCAUUACUAAAGAGAUUUCAUGUACGACUUAUGAGCAUUGUAUUGGAUGUGGAUGUUGAACCAUACACCACUCCGUGGGAUACUGCAAAGGCGUAUUUAUUUGUUGCCGUGAAUGGGAACGAAUCUGCAGACCCUAUAAAUAUUAUAGAUUGGGAUCUGAUUGGAGAAGUAACUAAAACAGAUGCAUGGAGCAAUCCCCUGCAAAGAGCUAGGCCAGAUGUUCAUCUUGGUACUAAUGAGAGGACGCUAGGGGGAGACCGACGGGAAUAUGGAUUUGGAAAAUUACGUCAUGGCAUGGCCUUUGAACAGAAAUACCAUCCUACAUAUGGCAUUAGAGGAGCUGUUGCACAGUUUGAUGUGGUGAAAGCAUCUGGAUUGGCUCCUAAUCGGGAUGUGAUUGAAUUGCCCCCUCAACUGGAUGUUUUAAGCAAAGACAAAUUGAUGAUGGCUGAUUCCUAUAUUUGUACACAAGACCUGGUAGGAAGAAUUGUGACUGCAGCUCAUUCUGGAAAGAGGUUUUAUGUUGAUUCUGUACGAUUUGAUAUGACCGCGGAGAAUUCAUUCCCAAGGAAAGAAGGAUACCUUGGUCCUCUAGAGUACAGUUCGUAUGCAGAUUACUAUAAACAGAAGUAUGGUGUCGAAUUGAUCUAUAAACAGCAACCUCUAAUAAGAGCCCGUGGUGUUUCAUAUUGCAAGAAUCUUUUGUCACCACGGUUUGAACAUUCAGAAGGUCAAGAAGGUGAAGCUGAGGACACACCUGAGAAAACAUACUAUGUUUUUCUCCCUCCUGAACUCUGUUUUGUACAUCCACUUCCUGGAUCACUGGUUAGGGGUGCUCAAAGAUUGCCGUCAAUUAUGCGUAGGGUAGAAAGCAUGUUGCUUGCUGUACAACUUAAGGAUGUCAUUAAUUAUCCUGUUCCUGCCUCCAAGAUUUUGGAAGCCUUGACUGCAGCUUCUUGCCAAGAGACUUUCUGCUAUGAAAGAGCAGAACUUUUAGGAGAUGCUUAUUUAAAAUGGGUCGUUAGUCGAUUUCUUUUUCUGAAAUAUCCGCAGAAACAUGAAGGCCAGCUCACUCGGAUGAGACAACAAAUGGUAAGCAACAUGGUACUCUAUCAAUAUGCAUUGAACAAGGGACUUCAGUCAUACAUCCAGGCAGAUCGAUUUGCUCCAUCUAGAUGGGCUGCUCCUGGGGUGCUACCUGUCUUUGAUGAGGACACCAAGGAAGCAGGAUCCUCAUUAUUUGAACAGGAAAUUGGUCCCCAUGAAGGUGCAGGAGGGAAGACCCGCAAUGGUGAUGGAUAUGAAGAAGAUGAAAUGGAAGACGGUGAACUUGAGAGUGACUCAAGUUCAUAUCGUGUACUCUCAAGCAAAACGCUGGCAGAUGUUGUGGAAGCUCUAAUAGGUGUGUAUUAUGUUGAAGGUGGAAAGAAUGCUGCAAACCACCUCAUGAAAUGGAUUGGGAUUGAGAUAGAUUUUGAUUUGAAAGAGAUAGAGUUCUCAAUUAAGCCCAGUAAUGUCCCCGAAAAUAUACUUAGGACUGUUGACUUUGAUGCAUUACAAGGUUCCUUGCACAUCAAGUUCAAUGAUCCUGGCUUGUUGGUGGAAGCUAUAACUCAUGCAUCACGUCCUUCUUCCGGAGUGUCUUGUUAUCAACGCCUGGAAUUUGUUGGUGAUGCUGUUUUGGACCAUCUCAUCACAAGGUACUUGUUCUUCACAUACACAGAACUGCCUCCGGGACGCUUGACUGACUUGCGAGCUGCUGCUGUUAAUAAUGAGAACUUUGCACGUGUGGCUGUUAAACAUAACCUUCAUGUACAUCUUCGGCACGGAUCAACUGCCCUUGAAAAACAGAUUCGGGAUUUUGUCAAAGAGGUUCAGAAUGAACUUUUAAAACCUGGAUUCAACUCUUUUGGUCUGGGGGAUUGCAAAGCUCCCAAAGUUCUUGGUGAUAUUGUUGAAUCAAUUGCUGGGGCAAUCUUCCUUGACAGUGGAUGCAACACUGCAGUUGUAUGGAAGGUUUUCCAGCCAUUGCUGAAUCCUAUGGUUACCCCAGAGACACUCCCUAUGCACCCUGUUCGAGAAUUGCAAGAACGAUGUCAGCAACAAGCUGAAGGUCUGGAGUACAAGGCCAUGCGAAGUGGGAAUAUGGCAACUGUAGAAGUAUAUGUUGAUGGUGUCCAGGUUGGGAUUGCCCAGAAUCCCCAGAAGAAAAUGGCACAAAAACUGGCAGCUAGGAAUGCUCUUGUUGCUUUGAAAGAGAAGGAGACAGCCGAAGCCAAGGAGAAAGGUGAAGAAGAUGAUGAGAAAAAGAAGAAGAAUGGCAGCCAAACUUUUACCAGGCAGACCUUGAAUGAUAUAUGCUUGCGGAGAAAUUGGCCAAUGCCGCUAUACAGAUGUGUACAAGAAGGUGGUCCUGCACAUGCAAAAAGAUUUACAUUUGCUGUGCGCGUUAAUACUUCUGAUAGAGGAUGGACUGAUGAAUGUAUUGGAGAGCCUAUGCCAAGCGUCAAGAAAGCCAAGGAUUCUGCUGCAGUUCUUCUCCUUGAACUUCUGAAUAAAUGGUAUACACGAUGA